AUGGACUUCCUUCGGUGGCUGAAUGCACGGAGGAAGUGCAACCUAGAGUUGGUCGACGGCACGGUUCUCAAGGGCUACUCCUUCGGUGCUCCGGUCUCUGUGUCCGGUGAAGUUGUCUUCAACACAGGGAUGGUGGCAUACCCGGAGUCCUUGACGGAUCCGUCCUACGCCGGACAGAUCCUGGUCAUCACGUAUCCGCUGGUUGGGAACUACGGCGUGCCCUCUGAUGACAAGGAUGAGUUUGGACUUCCCAAGUGGUUCGAAAGUCACAAGAUCCAUCUGAAGGGAGUCGUGAUUUCCGACUACUCCUACGAACCUUCGCACUACAGCUGCGUAAGGACGUUGGGACAGUGGCUCGAGUCGCAAGGAGUCCCAGGCAUCUAUGCUGUGGACACUCGACUCGUGACCAAGCAGAUUCGAGAGAUUGGUUCCAUGUUGGGAAAGCUCAUCGUGCAGGGAAGCACGCCGAGUUCCCAUCUUCCUGUGGACGAUCCAAACAAAAGGAAUCUUGUGGCAGAGGUGUCAAGAACACAAAAAGAAGUCUUUGCGCCUUCGCAGCCAAAUCCUCGUUUGAACCGAGAUGUGCAUGUCCUGGCCGUGGAUUGUGGUAUGAAGAACAACAUCAUCCGCUGCCUGGUCAAGCUCGGGCUUCGAGUCACUGUGGUGCCAUGGGAUUACGAUUUCACACAGGACAGCUUCGAUGGCCUCUUCCUAAGCAACGGACCAGGAGAUCCCACCCAAUGUGCCAAAACCGUGGAGCAUGUGAAGACCAUCAUGAGGGAGCGGCCAAAGACACCCAUCUUCGGAAUCUGCCUCGGGAAUCAGAUUCUGGCCUUGGCCGCGGGAGCAUCCACCUACAAGAUGAAGUUCGGGAACCGCGGAAUGAACCAGCCAGUCGUGGAUCUGCGCACACAGAAGUGCUACAUCACAGCCCAGAAUCAUGGGUAUGCCGUUGACAGCUCCAGCUUGCCAGAGAACUGGGUGCCGCUGAUGAUGAACGCCAACGACGGCACAAACGAAGGCAUCAUCCACUCCUCCAGGCCAUGGUUCUCGGUGCAGUUCCAUCCGGAGGCAUGCGGUGGGCCUACCGACACUGACUUUCUGUUUGACUACUUCCUGCAGUUCAUUGCUGAGCCUACCGCUUCCCCUGUAACCACGAUGCCGUACUCCAUUCCGACGGUCUACAGGAAGGUGCUGGUGUUGGGAUCUGGUGGCCUCACCAUCGGUCAGGCAGGUGAGUUUGACUACUCUGGCAGCCAGGCCAUCAAAGCCUUGAAAGAGGCCGGUAUCAUGUCCAUCCUCAUCAACCCGAACAUCGCUACAGUUCAAACAUCAGCUGGCAUGGCAGACAGGGUUUACUUUCUUCCUGUAACGCCUGACUUCGUCAUCAAAGUGAUCGAGCGUGAGAAGCCAGACGGGAUUUUUGCAGCAUUUGGGGGUCAAACGGCUCUCAACUGUGCGGUGAAGCUGCACGAGCGGGGGGUCUUUGAGAAGUACAAUGUCAAGGUACUGGGCACCCAGAUUGAGGCAAUCAUGAAGACCGAGGACCGUGAUCUGUUCAGCAAGGUGGUGGAAGCCUGCGGCGAAAAGAUCGCCGAGAGUGCCUGCUGCGAUUGUGUGGCAGAUGCUGUGGAGGCGGCUACACAGAUCGGCUACCCGGUGUUGGUCCGAGCAGCCUAUGCUCUGGGUGGUCUUGGCAGUGGCUUUGCCGACAACGAGGAAGAGCUGCGGAGGUUGGUCAAUGUGGCCUUGGUCAACAGCCCACAGGUGAUCAUCGACAAGUCUCUCAAGGGCUGGAAGGAGCUUGAAUAUGAGGUCGUGCGGGACAAGAACGACAAUUGCAUCACGGUUUGUAACAUGGAGAACUUUGACCCCAUGGGCGUCCACACCGGCGAGUCCAUAGUCAUUGCACCCUCCCAAACGCUGACCAAUGCAGAGUAUUAUCGUCUUCGCCAGUGCGCGUUGAAGGUUAUUCGGCACCUUGGAAUUGUCGGGGAGUGCAACAUUCAGUAUGCCGUAGACACAAAGACGUCCGAGUUCCGCAUCAUUGAGGUCAAUGCCCGGCUGUCUCGAAGUAGUGCUCUUGCAUCCAAAGCGACUGGCUAUCCGCUGGCUUAUGUCGCUGCGAAGCUGGCGCUGGGCCACGACCUAGUCCAGCUGAGGAACAGCGUCACCAAGUGUACGACUGCAUGCUUCGAGCCCUCCCUCGACUACUGUGUGGCAAAGGUACCGCGCUGGGACCUGCAGAAGUUCUCCACCGUCGAUGCCCGCAUUGGUUCUGCUAUGCAGAGCGUAGGAGAGGUCAUGGCCAUCGGGCGCACAUUCGAGGAGACCAUCCAGAAAGCAUUGCGCAUGGUGGAUGAUGCAAGCCUGGGAUUUGACCCUAUUCGUUACGAGUUGGAGCUCGGCCGCCGUGGCUUAGCCACCUCGGGUCCAAACUUUGAUGCGGAGCUCAAGAAGGAACUGGCCAACCCGACUCCGGUGCGAAUGUGGGCCAUUGCCAAAGCCUUCGAGCAUGGGAUGAAUGUGGAAGAGGUUCACACGUUGACCAACAUUGAUCGCUGGUUCCUGUCGAAGCUGCACGGCCUGCACAUGCUCAAGGGUACGAUGAAGUCAUUGGACUUUUAUGCAUUGCGGCAGAAUCCAGUGCUCCUGAAGGAGGCGAAGACCCGCGGUUUCUCCGACAAGCAGAUCGCUGCGAUCAUUUCUGCGCCAGAGAAAAUCAUUGACAGCGAGAUCUCUCCGCACCUGUUGCCCUCUGAUCACGGCUCUCAGCGCUACUCUGGAGGCCCUGUGUCUGAAGCUCAUGUCCGGCACCUGCGCAAGAAGUUGGGCAUCGUCCCUACCGUCAAACAAAUCGACACGUUGGCGGCAGAGUUCCCUGCCACUACCAACUACCUCUAUGUGACCUAUAGUGGAGAUGAGCACGACCUGCAGCUUGCGGGGAGUACGAAGCAGUGCUCCGAUCUACCAGGAACCGAGCUGAUUUCGGGCUACGCGAUUCCAGAACCACUUGCACUCAAUUUCCAGAGCUCUUCUGAUGUAAUGCAGCAGAGCAGCAAGGCAAACAAGGAUGUUGAUGCUGACUCCAGAAUCGUCGUGCUGGGUUGUGGGCCUUACAGGAUCGGCAGCAGUGUUGAGUUCGACUGGUGCAGCGUAAACUGCAUUCGCACUCUUCGAUCGCUGGGUCAUACGGCCAUUGUUAUCAACUGCAACCCCGAGACUGUUUCGACAGACUUCGAUGAGUCAGAUCGACUCUACUUCGAAGAGCUUAGUCACGAGCGUGUUAUGGACAUCGCUGAGCUGGAAGACCCCCGAGGCGUGGUGAUUUCUGUCGGUGGUCAGACCCCGAACAACUUGGCUUUGGGAUUGCACAAAUGUGGAAUCCGCAUUCUUGGCACAUCUGUUGAGGCCAUCGAUGCUUGCGAGGAUCGCAACAAGUUCAGCCAGCUUUGCGACUCCCUGCGCAUUGAUCAGCCAGAGUGGUCCCAGUUUGCAACAUUGCAGGAAGCCCGUCAAUUCUGCAAGGCGGCAGGCUACCCGGUUCUGGUGCGCCCUUCGUAUGUCCUCUCCGGUGCUGCUAUGCGUGUGGUCACCAACGACGGAGACCUGGACUUGUUCCUGAAGACAGCUGCCGUGGUAAGCCGAGACCACCCGGUUGUGAUCUCGAAGUACAUCACUGGGGCGAAGGAGGUCGAGAUGGAUGGGGUUGGCAAGUCCGGAGACCUUGUGAACUAUGCCAUUGCAGAGCAUGUGGAGAAUGCCGGGGUCCACAGUGGAGAUGCCACGCUGCUCCUUCCGGCCCAGCGCCUCUUCGUUGAGACCCAUCGAAAGGUCAAGAGCAUCUCGCAGAAGCUCUGCCGUGCUCUGAAGAUUUCGGGGCCUUUCAACAUCCAGUUCAUUUGCAAAGACAACGAAGUGAAGGUGAUCGAGUGCAACCUUCGGGCAUCGAGAUCCAUGCCUUUCAUUUCCAAGACCUACAAUGUGAAUUUCAUCGAGCUGGCGACCCGCAUCAUGACAGGGAUGCCUGUGCAUCCUGCAAUUAUCCAGCCGAUGGACAUUGACUUUGUAGCAUGCAAGGUUCCGAUGUUCUCCUUCGGCCGCCUGAAAAAUUCUGAUCCCCGACUCGGUGUCGAGAUGUCUUCCACCGGCGAGGUGGCAUGCUUCGGGGUCAAUGCCUACGAGGCAUUCUUGAAGGGCAUGAUGGCAGCGAACUUCAAGCUGCCGACAAAGAACAUUCUAGUUUCCAUCGGUCCUGCUGCUGCAAAAGCCGAGUUCCUGGCAACUGGUGCUGCGAAGCAGCUUCAGGACAUGGGCUUCACUCUCUUUGCCACGAAGAACACGCACGAGUACCUGACGAACACCGGCGGACUUUCUUGCAGCCUGGUCUACAAGCCCCUGAUCAAAAGAGAGCCGAACGUGCUAACGAUGCUGCAGACGGGCAAGAUCGAUUUGGUUAUCGAUGUCCCGGACUCCAUGGACUCCGACGCCCUCACAGAUGGUUUCAAAAUUCGACGGGGUGCCAUCGAAGCAGCUGUGUCGCUCAUCACUGACAUCAAGACUGCAAUCUUCACCUGCUCCGCCUUGCACCGGAAGUGGGUCCGAGAAAGCAGUGGCAAGCCCUUCUGGGAUGUGUGUUCCUGGCAAGAGUAUGUAGAAAUUGUGGAGAGGCUCAGCUAA